AUGAAUGACAAGUACUCCGAACAAGAAACUGAGAUGUGUGCAAAGGCAAAAGAAGAAGAAACUGAGAAAAAGGCAAAAGAUGACCUCCUCAUUAAACUUGGCAAACUUGCCUUCAAAUAUCUGGAACGAGACACUCUGAUAUUCUACGAGAAGGACUUGAGAGAUUGUGGCAUUGAUGAAGAAUCAGGAACAAUACAAGCAGGACUUUGUACACAGAUUUUCAGAGAGGAAGCUGCCGAAUGUGGAAGAAACAUGUUCAGCUUUGUGCACUUGAGUGUACAGGAGUUCCUGGCAGCCCUUUACAUGCUCCACAUGCAUGCUACUGGCCAAACUAAUCUCUUCAUGACAACUUGGCCUCAAAAGGUGAAGUGGUUCUUCAAUAAAUCAAGAUUCAACCUCUACAAGGGUUGCCUGGAUAGGGCUUUACUGAGUGAGAAUGGCCAUUUGGAUCUUUUUGUGCGCUUCCUUCUUGGACUGGCACCUUUGUUGGAGCCUAAAAUCAGGUACCCCCUGAAUGUGAUUCUACCACAUCUGUCAGAGAAUGUCAAGGAAAUGAGCAUCGCCAAAACAGUUGAUGACAUCAAGAGGCAGAUCAAUGAGUCAAACUCAACAGAACGGAUCAUUAACCUCUUCCAUUGCUUGAAUGAGCUUGGGGACAACUCAAUGGUUGAGGAGAUUGAAAGAUACAUGAGCUCAUCAGCUGAGAAGAACCUGACGCCGGUCCAGUGCUCAGCUCUGGCUUAUCUUCUGCUCAUGUCAGCUGAGGUCCUGGAGGAGUUUGAUCUGAAGAAAUAUCUCAGAUCAGAUGAAGGCCUGCACAGAAUGCUUCCUGUAGUUAGCAUUGCCCAAAGAGUUCAGCUAAAUCAGUGUCAUCUCUCCAAAUCAAGCUGUGGGAUGGUGGCAUCUUCUAUUCAAGGGCCACAUUCUAAUCUGCGAGAAUUGGACAUGAGUGACAAUAACCUUUAUGAUGAAGGAGUGGAGCUUCUUUGUGAGGGACUGAAAGCCCCACAAUGCAAACUGGUUACACUGAGACUUAAUGGCUGUAAGUUCACAGAGAAGUCCUCUAAGGCGCUGGCCGAAGUUCUACAGUCACCAAACUCCCUGACAGAGAUGGACCUGAGUGGAAAUGACCUGGGGGAUUCUGGAGUUCAGCUUCUCUCUAAGGGAUUAGCUAAUCCCCACUGCAGACUGCAGACAUUAAG